AUGAUUAUCCAGUCCAGUAUACUUACCCUCGGAAAGCAGCGCAAAUUUCCGAUUAAGUACACGCCAACACGAGACGUGUUUGAGAAGUAUGCCCACUACUACGAAAAAGACCCGCAGGAGCUGUUUGAAACAAUCGAAGAGUCUGUCAAUCUCCCACAGGAGUACGAAGAUAUAAGCAGCGAGGAAGAAGAGGACAACGAAAUACGAGCCACCGACAGAAUCGCAUUUUCACUCGUUUCAGACACAAACGAUGUAAGACUAGACACCUACAUAUUCGACCAGGAGACAGAGGCAUUCUAUGUGCACCACGAUGUGUUCCUCCACGGAGUGCCCACUUCUUUGGCAGUUUCUGACAGAAAUGACAAUCCCUGGGUUUUUGUUUCAAAUGAAGACGGAACAAUUGCAGGAUACAGAGUGUUCGUUACAAACCAUUUCUUGCCAGACAUGGUGAUACUCGCCCACGAGUCCAAAAUAAGGAACAUUGUAGCAGACACAGUGCACAUUGUGUCAAACGACAAGACGUCAAUCAAAGUGUGGGACAUUAACACGCAAAAAAACACUUUUGAAAUUGCAGAAGAAAGUGCUACCCUAUCAAUGAAUGAAAAUAUGAUUUAUUUCUCGAACAACUCAACUGUAUACGCAGUGGAUAUGCGGGAGGGAGCAAAGAACAAAAUUUUCAACACCGAGUCUGAAAUUACCGCAAUCUCGUCUGAUGGAAAUACUAUUGCAGCUGGUCUAUCCGAUGGAACCUUGGUGUUCUCCAUAAAUAGAGAGAAAGAAAGAGCACAGAAGAUACACACGGACAAGAUAAACAACUUGAGCACAUCGCAGGACAGGUACAUUGUAUCUGCGUCCAGAGACGAGUCUAUUUCCUUAUUUGACAUGCAGAACCUCGAAAUAGUUGAGAGAAAGCAAACAAACUUGGAAACAGCCACAGUGGCCAUUCCAAAAGACACGCCUUCAAUCUACGUGUACCCAACCGAAGAGGGAGAGUUGGACAUAGGAUCCUUUGAAGAGGCAAUAUUAAGAAUUGAAUAA